AUGGCACUGUCCUCCACCAAAACCAGCACCUCCAAAGUCGAGCCCAAGUCAACACACGUAUCAGACUCCGCGAUCCAGCCUUUUCUCCAACCCAACUUCGACCCCGCCGAAUACUUGAACAGCACCCUACCGACCCUCUCGAUAUCCACGACUGGCACAAGAGGAAAGGCUGUGCCAUUGUCAGAUCUCUCGUCCCAACUACAGACCCUCCUCUCCCAGCUCAAUGCACAGACUUCACGGCUGUCGAAUACUCUUACGCAGCUCACGGACGAGAUCAUCAGAAGUGGCAGCAGAUUGGCAUACGAAGUAGAGGUGUUAAGAGGAGAAACCUUGGGCUUGACAGAUUCCUUCGAAAACGAUCUCAAGAAAGACAUUGAAACAUUCGUCCUACCUUCCAGCAACACGGACGUCCACAAUGGCGACCCAGCCGCCCCAGAAGACGAGAAUACAACAACCACCCCCUCACAACCCCCCAACGACCCCGACUUCCUCACCCACCUCCGCGACCUCACAACCGUCCGCACGCGCCUCGACUCCGUAAUCAAAACCUUCGGCUCCGCAAUGCAGUGGCCCCUCGCCCCCUCUGAGCUCUCCCUGGCCUCCUCCUUUAUCUCCGUGUCAGCGCCCGAGCCCGGCGACGAUAACGACAGCCGCAGCCGCGAAGAGAAAGGGAAAGCGUACACCGAGAAACUCCGAACUGAGAUAAACGACUUGCUCGCUGCAGGCGUGGAGGGUGUGGAAGCGGCGAACGCCCGCGUGGAGGAGUUGAGGGAGCUGGCGGAGGUGUGGAAGGGGACGGCGGAGGAGAAGGCGAGGAUGAGGCUUGUGGAUGCGUUGCAGAAGAGUGUGGAUGAGAAGGUGAGGACUUUGGAGAAGGCGAGUGCGGAUGGGGGUAGGAAGCCGGGGGUUUCGCCUGCGAGGGGUUAUGAUUAUAGGUAUGGUGGAAGUAGUAGUACGGAGAUCCCCAAGGCUGCGAACGAAGGUGGGUGUGGAUAUGGAUUUCUUCAGAAUUUGAAGAAUUUGAGGAAUGAUAUGUAUUUGGAUUGA